CGAACGCGCAUCAAAUUAGCAUCGAUGAAGUUUGUGCGAACAUGGCGGAUUUCCUUCCGACCAGGUCCGUGUUAAAAGUUUGUCUACCUGUCUGCCUGCUCAACAGCGGCGAGGUGGACCAGCUGCGAAAGUCCAAGGAGAUCGACAGAUGCCUCUCCCGGGAGAAAACGUACGUGAAGCGGCUGGUAAAGAUCUUGCUGUUAGGCGCUGGCGAGAGCGGCAAGUCGACUUUCCUCAAACAAAUGCGGAUCAUCCACGGGCAGGACUUCGACCAGCAAGCCCGGGAGGAGUUCAGAGGCACGAUUUACAGCAACGCUAUCAAAGGUAUACGUGUGUUGGUGGACGCACGGGAGAAACUGCACAUCCCGUGGGGCGACCCAGAUAACCAGAAGCAUGGGGACAUCCUUUUGGCGUUCAACACCCGUUCAGCAAUGAUGGCUAGCGGGCAGCUGGAGACAUCCAUCUUCCUGCGGUACCUGCCUGCUGUCAAAGCUCUGUGGGCCGACUCGGGUAUACAACAUGCCUACGAUCGUCGCAGGGAGUUCCAGCUGGGUGAGUCUGUGAAGUAUUUCUUGGAUAAUCUGGAUAAGCUUGGCGAGCCGGAUUAUCUGCCCACUCAACAGGACAUCCUGCUCGCCCGAAAACCCACCAAGGGCAUCCACGAGUAUGACUUUGAAAUCAAGAAUGUCCCCUUCAAGAUUGUGGACGUGGGCGGGCAGCGGUCCGAGAGGAGGCGCUGGUUUGAGUGUUUCGAUUCCGUCACCUCCAUCCUCUUCGUCGUCUCCUCCUCUGAAUACGAUCAGGUGCUGAUGGAGGACAGGCAAACCAAUCGACUGUGUGAAUCACUCAACAUCUUCGAGACCAUUGUCAACAACCGUGUCUUCAUCAACGUCUCCAUCAUACUUUUCCUCAACAAGACUGACCUGCUGGAGGAGAAGGUGAAGAGUGUUCCACUUAAGGACUACUUUCCUGACUACACCGGGCCGGAGCACAGCCUGCCAGACAUCCAGGCGUUCAUGGUGGAGUGCUUCCGCGGUAAGAGGCGUGACGCCACCCAGAAACCACUGUAUCACCACUUCACCACAGCCAUCAAUACGGAGAACAUCAGGCUGGUGUUCCGGGACGUCAAGGACACCAUCCUGCAUGACAACCUCAAACAACUCAUGCUCCAAUGACCCCUGUCCACCCGUGUAAGUAGAAGACCCGCAUGGGGACAAACCUCCACAUUGCUCCUGAAGAGGACUUGGGAGAGACCAGUCUCAGAAGAAUCCAGUAGAUGUCAGCAUUCUUCAGUUGUUUUUAAAUAAGUUUUUACUCUCCUAUUGAAGAGUUGGUCACCUUCAGGGUUUGGUAGGGGAAUGAGUCAGUAGAGCAGAUUCUGUGGUUUUCCAAAUAAAAAAAAAAAAAAAAAGUAAAAUGGCAAGCAUAGAGUUUGGAUGUGGGAUGACAUCUAAUCACUGCAGCUGCUGCUUUGUUCUGAGACCAUCUCCUCUGGCCUGAGCUCUGCGUUCCAGCACAAGACACAAGACUCCAGUUCCAGUGGCGGGCUGUGGAAACCUGCGAAACAUUUUUACAUUACGGGGCAUGUGUUCUCUUAACCAGAUACACAACUUUCUAAGCAACAAACAUCGGAAAUUUACGAUGGAGAAAUAAGUACAAUAUCGACCAUCAAAAUGUACCAAGAUUAUCUGUGCCAGAGUUGAUUUGCCAGUCUUUGUCCAAGCACUGAAUUCUUCUAGUCAGAAACCUAUUAUUUCAGCUGCACUCCUCAGUGCUGCUUUGUGAACAUUGUUUCUAAGCACCUCUCGCAUGUAGAGGGUUGCUAAAGUGACAGAGAAUGCUCAGUUGUCCUUUUUUUUGUUUAUCUUGUUUUUUCAACUCAUGGCAGCAUCAUUCUUCCAUUUUCCCAUCACAGUCAUCCAUUUUACCUGGUUCAAUAGCGGCAGAUUUAAAAGUGCUGGCACAAUAUGUUUUUUUGCCAGGACGAGGGCCAGCUCAUUGAUGGUGAACAAGUUAAGAACUGUCAAGAGAUUUGAUGUGGAAACCAUCACUGAAAAACUGAGAAUGAACCUACUGAAAUGCCUUUCCACGUAAUGUCUUUUAGUUAGUAAAUCAUAACCUGAAUCCUGUAUUUGUUCUCUGAGAAGAGAAGUCCUCAAAUCGAUGAGUAAGAUGUCCUUUGUUUUCAAUCCGUUGAAGGGUAAAAUUACCUGCGGUUGGCACAUUAGACCGGUCUGGCAACAGUCCACUGUUUUCUCAGGGUUGAGUGAAAACUGACAUUAAUACUGAUGUCAUUUUUGGUGAACUAGCUGAAUAAUCUAAUGUCUUUCUGGAUGGCAAAGCAGUGAGACUCAGUCAUGUCUUAUUACCGUUAGCUAGGUGGGGUUUGGUACUGUACCCUCCUGGCUUUGAACCCUGAUCAUAGGCCCAGAAACCACAGCAUUCUCAGUCUCUUUGUUUGUGUCUCUGAUUGGAUGCCACCCAUGUAAAGGGACAGUCCUUCCCCCUUUAUCUGAAUGAUGAAUGUCAGUUAGUAGAUGUACAAAGAUUUGCUCUAGAUAAUUUGAAUAUUCUGCAACCAACAUUGCUAUGGUGACCUGAAACCAGACGUUUCUGGGUUGGCACAGUUUAAUUUCCAUACACACUCAAGCUUGUGCUCUUUGGGAUUAUAAAAAAAAAAUACAAACAAAAAAGCUACUGGACAACUUCCAGACACUGUUUGAAUUAGUUUUUCUGCCAAAUCACCCCAUACUUUGUUGACACUGCUCACAUUGGCAGACUCCUGUCAGUUUAAGUUUGCUUCCAAUCCUGGCUUUGUACAUACUGUAAUCUGUUGCCAUGUAAAUAAUAUUUAGGUUUAUCUCCUUAUAUGUAAAUGGAUGUAGAAAUGGCCCUUUUCCACCAAAUGUGUUUUAAACCACUGCUUUUCCAAUGAAGAUUACUUUUCAUGUAGAUGUAUUUUUGUGUGACUUUUACGUGCCUCUUUGAAAUUCAUUCCUGUGUCAAGUCUCAUACCACUCCAACCCUCUCAAUAAACACUUUUCUAAUUAAA